GAUAGCUACUUUCAGUUUGUGAUUAUCUGCAAUCCGAACGGUUGUAUUUUGAUAAAUUACAGGAAACCCAGUGUUCAAAAAUUCUAAAGGAUCAUAAUCGCACAUCCCGCAGGCGACUGUAAUGAAAAUGGAAACGGGACAGGCUAAUACCGCGUAUGAGAUUACUGAUCCGGCAGAAAAUGUGGAAAACGCCGAUAACGAUGUGAAAAAGGCCAACAUAAGUGAAUCUACAUUGAAAUCCAAAAGCAGAACAUCAAAUAUAAAACGAAGAAUACGAAAAGCUUCUCACAAGGGCCUAAAGGUGGGAAUACACCUUGUUGUGGCGGGAUAUUUCGCUUAUGCGACGUAUCACUACAUCGAUGUCGAGAAUAACGAGUGCGAUUCCCUUAAACCAAAUGAAUUAUGUGGCAUUCAGUUCUGCAGUGGUUAUGGGUUAUUGGUACUACUAUUGGCAUUUAUUUACCUUGGCCUUUUAUAUUUCCAAAUCAUAAAACCGAAGGUAGGCAGGAGCUUACAUCGGAAUUAUAUUUAUCCACUUGGAAAGCGGUGGAAGAAAUUCAGUCGAACAAGACUUGUAUCCGGUAUAAUGAUCAUAGUCCUUAUAAUUCUACUGGCAAUUUUUUUGUAUUUUGCAACGAAAGAGGACAGAAAUAAAUUAAGAUCGCUGUUGGCUCCAUGUUUACUCAUAUUAGCAGGUUACGUAUUUUCUACAAAUCGCAGCGCAAUCAAUUGGCGAACCGUAAUAUCGGGAAUAGUAUGCCAAUUUAUUUUGGGUAUCCUGUGCAUUCGGUGGGAUGUAGGCCGUAAAAUCUUCGAAUGUCUGGGCGAUAAAGUAGCCACUUUUCUUUCGUUUAGUGAUGAAGGAAGUCGUUUUGUAUUUGGAGAUGCAAUAAUCGAUGACGGAAUUUUCGCUUUUGCAAUCUUGCCAGUGAUAUUUUUCUUCAGUUUUUUUAUUUCAAUUUUACAUUAUUGGGGUGUUAUGCAAUGGAUAGUUAUGAAACUCGGUUGGCUGCUACAACAAAUUUUGGGUACAACUGUUUGUGAAAGUGUUACAUCAGCCGCUAAUAUAUUUCUCGGCAUGUCAGAGAGUCCAAUGCUUAUUAGACCAUAUCUUACCAAACUUACAUCCAGUGAAUUGCAUUCAAUUAUGGCCUCUGGAUUCGCAACAGUGUCCGGAACGGUAUUGGCAGCAUAUUUAUCCUUUGGUGCUUCGGCAGCUCACUUAAUAACUUCAAGCGUUAUGGCAGCUCCAGCAGCAUUGGCUUUUUCAAAACUUUACAUGCCGGAAACAGAGGAGAGUCAAACUUCAUCAAAAAAUAUUCAACUAGAGAAAUCAGAAGACUCUUCAAUACUGGAUGCGGCUUCGAACGGGGCCAAUAAUGCUAUUCCAAUUGUAGCAGGAAUCAUUGCCAAUAUCGUCGCUUUUGUUGCAUUUGUGGCAUUCCUCAAUGGCGUCGUUAACUGGCUAUGUUUUUUAGUUGGGUUGGAAGACAUCGAUUUUGAAUGGAUAUUUUCGAAACUUUUUAUACCACUGGUGUGGACGAUGGGUGUGCCCUACCAGGACUGUAAUAUUGUAGCAAAAAUUGUCGCCACUAAGUCAAUCAUCAAUGAAUUUGUGGCUUAUGAGCGUUUGGGUGAAUACAUCAAAAGUGGAGAAUUGGAAGCUCGCAGCAUAAGUAUAACAACAUUUGCAAUUUGCGGCUUUGCAAAUCCGGGUGCUCUGGGCAUACUCAUUGGUACACUCAGCGCAAUGGCACCAAAUAGGAGAUAUGUGAUAACUUCAGUUGCCAUGCGGGCAUUUGUUGUUGGCAGCAUAGUCUGUUUUGUAUCUGCUAGUUUUGCGGGCCUUUUACUCCAGGAGGAACAGGAAAGUCGCCUGUACACUAAGUUCCUUAACGCACCAGAACGGAAAAAUAUAACAAUUGCCAUUUUUAAAUCCCAAUAAAGUUUUCAACUAUUAUUGUUACA